GGAAAAACAUCACAGAAUUAUAUCAAAUCACUUAGCGUAGAUGUGAAAAACACACAAACUAUCACCUUAUCUUAUUUAUGCUAUUAAUCUGUAGAUGUUGCAGCAGGUAGUUGGGCUUUGCAGAAAAAUGUCAAUAUACUUAGCACACCUAGAAAGCGAAUGCAUGUGGUAUUGGCAUAGCAAUGGCAUCCAAAAAAUGUUAACUCUUGCCGUUGCUCAUUCAAAACGCAAGCAACGAAUGAUAGAAAACGAACAUGCGGGACAGGCAUAUAUAACUUCCCGUGUUCGAUUAGGUCUCUUAGGUGCCCCAUAUUGACGGCUCUGUCCGUUUUUCCACGUCGCUUUCGAAAGAUUUUCUGACAAUCAAUAUAUGAUUUAUGUCAAGUUAUCAGAUUGAUGCACAUUUUCCGACUGAUAAGUGCAAACAUGGUGUAAUUCCGUUCAGUACCGAUUAAAUAUUGAGGAUUGAUGUUUGAAGGAUGAAGAUUGAACAUGCAGGGUAGAAAAAUAAAGAUUAUAUAUUGAAGAUUAAAGAAUGGAAAUUGAAAUUGAAAAUUCAGCGUCAGAUAAAGAAUUUAAAAUUUAGGAUUAAAGAUUGAUCAUUGGUGAACUAUGGCAAGCGUAACACGUUUUCCUAUCUAGAAACCAAACAUCAUCCAAAAUUAAUUGUUACCAAAUUCUUCGGCGCUGAACGGCGAUUAAGACAUUCAUAUAUGGAAGCGUCCAACUCCCAUUAAAAAUUUGCGGCGCGACAACUUUACACACCGUAAAAUUCGCAAAUAAAAAUUAAAUGAAAAUAAAUCUACAACAAAUAACCGUGUCAAAUCCAGUGUGGGACUCUUGAUAGCCACUUGUGCGAAACUGGUUGAAAAGAGCUAACAGCUAUGGUGAAUGAUCGCUCGAAUCUUCAAUGAAACUGGCGUAAAUAAUAAAAAGUUAUGAUCCGAAACUCAUCAAACCUGGUCAGCACUCCUCCGUUUCUCAGUUUAGACACACGUCUGUCAUUCAAUCACAGCGAAUAAAAAUAUUGAAAUCAAAUACAUACAGCUAAGCGUUUUACGACGAGGAGACCCCCAUGUCCUGGCCAGUUUCUAAAUAAUUAGAGAACCACUUUUCCCUUCCCGCAAAUAUGGCUAGGGGCAUUUGAAACGCCAAACGCCAACGCUUAGAUUGUGAUUUCAUUGAGAUUGAAUUGAUUGGAAGGCAGUCAGUAGGUGCGUGUGUCGACGGCACAGCCAGUGGGAACAUGUCACCAUCACCACCACCACCACCUGCGCCUGACCUGUUCGCCCAGAAGUUUGCCAAUUUGCCAUCAGGGGAAAAGUUGGUUUGCCCAUAAAGCGAUAGUCGAGCAAACAUUGAGCAAAGCUCGAUCACUCACGCCGCUGGCGCUCGGAGAUUCGAGGAUUGAGUAAUUAUUGAAAGUGUGUAAAAUUCGAUAAAUUAGAUGUGACAUGUGACACACUUUUUUGCACGCAAGUGUUUAGCAGUGGCGCUCCGCUUGAUUCGUGGCAUGUGACAAAGCGGAGAGGUUUUGUUUAAUUGUUCAGUAUAUAGAAUUUCUAGGUAUUAUAGCAACAUUCGAACGUUCUUUCAUCUAGUAAAUAACUGACAAGACAUGUAAGCCUUGUGGUCACAUGUUUCUCUAUGAAUGUUACUUUAAUUCAACAUUUUUCUAUUUCAAUAGUAACUGAUUAAGCCUAUGAUACGAUCCAUUAGCUGGUUUUUUUCCAGACAAAGAAUACACAACAUUGUUCUCAAUAUUCAACAAUAUAUGGGUUUUGUCCUAAAUUUAAUUUGUUUAGAUUGAAAAUUGUGUAUUAACUAAUUUAACGAGAAUUGGUUUGAAUACUGAAAUUAGAUUUAGGCUGUAUGGAGAAGUCAAAAUUAUUUUUGGUGUGUACUAUGCUAUAUUUCUCCUUAGUGGAGAAAAAUUUAGGCAAUUUUUUUCUACUAAAGAGAAACCUUUCAUUAAUUAUCAUCAGUUUAAUCAGAACUCCUUCCCUUGUGGAAAACCACGCAGGACUCAGAAACACGUGUUUUCGUGUGUUGGAGCUGACGUAAAUCGGGCACUAGCGUAGUCCUGUCACUAAGUUAGUGUCGGAUUCUGAUGAAACGAGGUCGAAACGCAAUCUCCACAACUAAUGUUUGAUGUGCUUUCUUUUUAGAUUAUAACUUAUUUCCCAUCAUUUAUGUGAUCCAGAUAUAAAGCAUAGACGUCACGAAAUAACGUAGAAGUCGUCGUUUAUAUCCCGCCUAAAUGGUUAGAAUAAAAAGCUCUACGGAUUAUGUUUACCGGUGUGUUAAACCUGGUUUAAAAGUUAAGUGCGGAUGAGGGAAUCGGUCCUAAGCGUGUUUAAUUUCAGUGGCUACUCAGGAUAAUCGUCCGAAAGGCCCUGGAUGACCUAAAGACGAACUAAAUAUGCCGCAUUUACUCAUACCAAAAAUGAAGAAAAUCAAUUUUAGGCCACCCUAUCUGAAAUUAUUAGCGGUGCGGCGUUACCAAUAAUUACGAAGUGCCGUGUAUCGUCACUUCAAAAAAGAGCUGAUGUAUGCAGUGCAGAUUACUCAACUAACGUCACAACAUUGCAGCGAUGGUUAACAAAUAUACAUAGACAGUGCCUUUAAUUGAACAGCGCUUAACGAUGAUUCACUUUCUAUCCGAGAAGAUACAUAUAUGACUGAAUAAUAUUUAUUUCUGUUUGUACUUAAGCCCAUAGAACUGACAUAAGAAACGUGCAAUUCUCAAAAACAAACACCUCUGUAGAAACAUGUAAAUUUGGAUAAUUGUAUGUACUAACAAGCACAACGAACUGCUAACCAUGAGAACUUUGUUCCCUCACCACUUUGUAUGUGCCCCCAUCUAGUAAGUAACUACACGCUUUCACGAAACUCGCACCGAUGGUAGAACCUGUAUGAAUGAAUCAGUGAGGUCAGCGAAAAAGCGCGUGGAUUUUGCCAUUCAGAGAUUUACUCGCGCUCGUGGCCCAGGAUGAUGGUGUAAGAACAUUAAGAGGGAAAAGACAACCUAAUUAAUAAGACUUGAAAGUGCCACAUUCCAAACAAAAACAGUGAUAUAUUAAGCCCUUAUCGUAGCUAGAGUAUAAUGAGAGGUGGAAUUUCUACAGUGUGAUCGCAUUGGAGCUGCAAAUAGUUGAAGUGAAGCAGAUUUCUGAAAAGAUCAAACUAAAAUGACAACGCUGCUGAAAAACGUCACCAACAGUAUCUGGCAUGCCUUUCGGGCUCUCCAACAGGACGGAUCCGGAUUCGUGGGAAAGUCGAAGCUUAAGGUACUCACAGCGAACAUUGCCACCCUGCUAGACCUGUACGGGGUCGAACGUGGGUUGGACCACUACAGGUCCACACCGAUGCUAAAUUUCGACCACUACCUAUACUAUCUCGGCCAGGAGGUGUUUUCGUCCGUUUCCAACGAGCUACCGCUAUCCGCGCUCCGAAAUUACGAGACCAAAAUCGAUGAGGUCUGCUGGUUGGUUUGCCACAAGGACUUUAAUGUAAGCGAUGCCUACUUCAAGGGAGAUGCCGUCUAUCAGCUGUUCAGGAUUUUUUGUCUUAUGGCGGAUCUGUACGGCGAUGGCAUAGACGACAAUCAGUUCACGGUGAAGAUUCAUCCGUCGGAAGCACUGAUCGUUGUCAAACAGUUGCUGAACUCACUCGGGUUAGACUACAACAACGAAGAGAAGUACGAUUAUUUGAAAAAAUCUGACAACGGAUUGAACUUUGGAGAGUUUCUGGAGAUUUUGAGAUUCAAAGACUACAACAAGGUGAACGAUUACGUGGCUUCUAUUUGCGAGGCCAUUCGAGAUAUCUACCAAACUCUGAUCAUGGAUGUGAUAAAGAAAGGCUAUUUGUUCAGAAGGGGUUAUGUUCUCCCCACGUUUCGGGAGUACUUUUUCGUGCUACAACCAUGUGAACUGUCGUACUAUAAACAUCACACGGAUAAGGAGGUAUGUGGAACAAUCGCACUGGACUCGAAGUUUAUGGUGAAGCCGAGUAUUUCCUCAUCAGGAAAGACUGAGCGAGUUCAAAAGUUUACCUUAGUUUCCGGUGAUCGAACUUAUGAGCUGGGAGCACAAGAUCACAGAACGCGACUGCAGUGGAUAUCGGCCCUGCAGUUGGCAAUUACCUACUCAACUGGACGCGAAGGUUUCCAACGGGAUACGGUCAAUCGGAGGAAACAGCAACGAGAACUAGAUCUGAGGAAACGACAGGAGGAGGAACACCAACGUAGUAUUCAUCUAAAACAGCUAUUGGAGACGAAUGUUCAGCUGGAACAGGAAAAAAUUGCUCGCAUGGCAGCCGAGACACAGGCUCGGCAGUUCCAGGAAGUCGCCCGGGAAGAUUCUAGACGGGUUGCCGAGCUGGAGGAUGUUAAACUCUGUCUGGAGAAGAUGCUCGAGGAUGAGAUUCAAGCUAAACGAGACGAAGAAAUUGUGCGUGCAUUGCAGGCUCGCGUCCUGGCAGAGGAAUGGGACAAGCGAGAGGAACUGGAGAGCCUCCAAGCGGAACAGAUGAUUUUGCUGGAGCAGGAGCGGCAAAAGCGGAUGGAGUUCGAGCAAAGGCAGCAGGAAAAUGAAAAACGUUUCAAGGAAGCGGAACAAAAGCUGCGCCAGUUGGAGGAAGAACGCAAAAAGCUGGACCGGGAGUUGAAGCAAGCUCGGCAGAAGAUUCAGCUUUCUGAAGAUAACAAGGGCAUAGUCGAAGCCAAACUACAGGUUUGUGCUAUGGCUCCGACGUUCCGCAAAGCUCCAGACUUUAUGAUUCGUCGAACUCAAUCAUUCGUCGCUUCCGAUCGUCCCGUUGCUAUGGCUGUUCCACGUUGACGUUCUACUCGGCCACCGUACACAGUGCCAGUAAGCUUGCUGAAUAGUUUUAACUUAUAUUUUGGCUCUGUUCCUCAAGCGCGAAAGCUGAAAGGGAUGUAAAGGGAGAUUCUUUCCGCUAAGGUAUGUUUUUAAAUUAUUCUAUUUUUUUAAGAAGUUCAAUUUUUUAUUGUUUGGU